CCCCGCGUCGCCCCCUGUGGGCCCGCCCGCUCCCCGCCCUUCCACCCUCACCUCGCCUCCUCAGCCUGCGCCCCGCCCCGGCCCCUUGGUCCUCGCCCCGCCUUCCUCAUUUGGCGCCAAAUCCUGUGGUCAACGGCGCGCGGGUUUCCAGGCUCCGCGUUCUGGGCCCGAGUUAGAAUCCUGUCAGCUGAGGACUGGAAAGGUCGGGCGGGGGCAGAGGGGCUUCACCUUGAAAAUCUCGGGGAGACUGUGGGUACGAGGGGGAAGUGAUUAUUUUUCUUUUGCUCACCUUUCAACAUGAAGGAGGAUCAAGUUGUGGCGGAAGAACCAGGAUUCCAAGAUGAAGAGGAAUCUUUGUUUCAAGAUAUUGACCUGUUACAAAAACAUGGAAUUAACGUGGCUGACAUUAAGAAACUGAAAUCAGUAGGAAUCUGUACCAUCAAAGGUAUACAGAUGACAACAAGAAGAGCUCUAUGCAAUGUCAAAGGACUCUCAGAAGCCAAAGUAGACAAGAUUAAAGAGGCAGCGAACAAACUAAUUGAACCAGGAUUCUUGACUGCAUUUGAGUAUAGUGAAAAGAGGAAAAUGGUUUUCCAUAUCACCACCGGGAGCCAGGAAUUUGAUAAGUUGCUAGGAGGUGGAAUUGAAAGCAUGGCAAUUACAGAAGCUUUUGGAGAAUUUCGUACUGGAAAAACCCAGCUCUCUCAUACCCUCUGUGUGACAGCUCAACUUCCAGGAGCUGGUGGCUACCCAGGAGGAAAGAUUAUCUUCAUUGAUACAGAAAAUACUUUCCGUCCAGAUCGCCUUCGGGACAUUGCUGAUCGCUUCAAUGUAGACCAUGAUGCAGUACUGGACAACGUACUUUAUGCACGUGCAUAUACUAGUGAACAUCAGAUGGAGCUACUUGAUUAUGUAGCAGCAAAGUUCCAUGAAGAAGCUGGCAUCUUCAAACUAUUGAUUAUCGAUUCAAUAAUGGCACUUUUUCGAGUGGAUUUCAGUGGCCGUGGAGAGUUGGCCGAACGGCAGCAAAAAUUGGCCCAGAUGUUGUCACGACUCCAAAAAAUCUCAGAAGAAUAUAAUGUGGCUGUUUUUGUCACCAAUCAAAUGACUGCCGAUCCAGGAGCAACUAUGACCUUUCAGGCAGAUCCCAAAAAACCCAUUGGGGGACACAUUCUGGCUCAUGCUUCAACAACAAGAAUAAGCUUGCGAAAGGGAAGAGGAGAGCUCAGAAUUGCCAAGAUUUAUGAUAGUCCUGAGAUGCCUGAAAAUGAAGCCACCUUCGCAAUAACUGCUGGAGGAAUUGGGGAUGCCAAGGAGUAGGUGGUGAAUUGAUGCAAAUCGCUUCUUAGUGCUUAUUAGGAGCUGAAGAAAUGGAAAAGCAGUCUCCAAUUUCACAUCUUGAAAUAGAGGUUUUUUCCCACAUGUUACUAAAGGAAAGUCAGCAAAAGAUAUUUAAAUCUUAUAUUUAUCUUAAAAGUCCUUGAUUUGUGAUAACUAUACAUUGUAUGUAAAUUCAGGGAUAUGUAUAUAUGUGUGUGUGCGUGUGUGUGUGUGUAUACCUGACAUAUAUAGUAGAUAUAUGUACCUAUUGAAAUUCUCUCAUUCUGUGUAUGUAUAUAUACCUAUGUAAAACUAGUUGUUGGGAAAGGCGUACGUGAUUCCCUCCCUUUCACUUUUCAAAGUGAGCCACUAAGCAAAUGGAAAGUCUAAGAGUUCAGAAAUGCCCCAUUCUCCUAAGGACUUUGCCUUCACCAUUUUUCUAGGGUAUAGUGCCACUGACUUACAGAGCUGGAUGUUUUUCCACAAGAAAAAAGCUCUUUCUAUUUAUAAUACCAAACUGCAUAUUCACCUUUAUAGCAACAGAAAACAAACAUUAAAGUAAGCCAAAUUUUAAAUCAUUUGACUUUGACAAGCAGAAAUUACUUUUUAAAAAUGUAUUUAUGGCUGGGCGUGGUGGCUCACACCUGUAAUCCCAUCACUUUGGGAGGCCGAGGCAGGUGGAUCACUUGAGGUCAGGAGUUCAAGACCAGCCUGGCCAAUAUGGAGAAACCCUGUCUCUACUAAAAAUACAAAAAUUAGCCAAGCGCAGUGGCAUGUGCCUGUAAUCCCAGCUACUCUGCAGGCUGAGGCAAGAGUAUCGCUUGAACUUGGGAGGCAGAGAUUGCGCGAGCCAAGAUGGUGCCACUGCACUCUAGCCUAGGUGACGGAGUGAGACUCCGUCUCAAAAAUACAUAUCUUUUUUAAUGUUAAAAUUAAUUUAAAUGUAAAAUUUCCAAAUACUAGUCUUAGAAAUGUGUAAAAGAUUUUUUUUUGAUUGUUAAACAAAAAUAAAAUCUUGUUUUCAAAAUGCA